ACCCUAAACCCCUUCGAAGCGGCUCCCAUAGACUCACAGAGUGAGAGAGCCCCGAAUCAAAACCCUAACCCAAGCCCGAGCAAAACCACCAGUCUCUAACCCCCAACACGAACACCAAAGCUUCACUCGAACCUCACUGAUUGAAGCCAUGGCGACCUCGAUUGCGUCCCAGUUAAAAGUCCUGAAAUCGCUGAUACAAGUCGACCAAGACCCGUCGCAGAAGCGGCCCUUCACUCGCCCUUCCAUCCUCUUCGACCCCAAAGAGGCCGCCGAUAUCGACAUCGACACAAUUUUCGCCGUAGGACUUCAAGGUCUUGAGCUUCUUGUUAGUACCGACGAGCGGUUCCGAAACUUUAAGAGUGACUUGUUCAGCUACCAGAGUAAGGAAUUGGAUAGAGAGUUGAUGGGAGUAGAGGAAAACAAACGCAUUGAUGCUUCGAUUAGUAAGUACUUGAGAUUGCUGUCAGGGCAUUUCGAGCUCCCAUCGUCACUCAAGACUCUCGAGUACUUGGUGCGAAGAUAUAAGAUUCAUGUGUACAACUUCGAGGAAUUGAUUUUGUGUGCUCUGCCGUACCAUGAGACCCACGCAUUUGUUAAAAUUGUUCAAUUAAUUAACUUCGGAAACAGCAAGUGGAAAUUUUUAGAGGGCGUGAAAGUUUCUGGUGCAGCGCCACCUAGAAAUGUUGUAGUGCAGCAAUGUAUUCGUGACAUGGGGGUUUUGGAGGCUUUGUUCGACUAUGCAUCCCCGUCAAAGAAGUAUCGGCCUUCAAAGCCCGUGAUCAGAUUUUGCACGGCAGUUGUUGUUGAGGUUUUGGGUUCUGUUGCAUCUGUUGAAAGUCAUGUUGUGAAAAGAAUCUGUUCACUUAUUCAUUCUGUACUUGAGGUUGGCACGGAUGGACAUUCAGAAAACAAGGCUGGUGCUAUGAUGAUUGUUGGUAUGCUAGCAAGUAAAGUUACAAUAUCUCCCGGACUUGUCAAGGGAUUGAUUUUAUUAAUUGCUAAAGUUGCUGAAGAGGAUGCAAAAGAGUCAGCUGAUCUUCAGCUUUUUCGCUUAUCACUUAUGACUUUGAUCAACCUUGUUCAGUUGCAAGUUGUGGAUAAGUUUCCCAUGAAGGCUCUGAAGAGUUUGAUCGGCAUUAGGGAUUUUGCUGGCAUCCUUCUGGGACUUUUCAACAAGUUCAAAAUUGAUAGAUUCCUUUCCGUGCUUUUGGAUUCUCUUGUUGACUAUAGUUCGUCUGAUGAAUCUUGCCAGCUUGCGUUGAUCUCCAUAUUAGAUACAGUUCCUUCCAAGAAUUUUGUUCAUCAUGUAGUUCCAAAGGUCCUAUCUUCCUGCUUGCAAAAGUCACAGGACAUGGAAAAUUCAACAUUAUUUUCAUCAGGAAGCUGGGCAGAGAAAGUUUUACUCAUUCUUAGAAGAUAUCCAUCUGAACUGCAUGGAGCUGCUCACAAAUUUCUGGAAAAGAAUGUGCAAUCUAAGAAACGGGGUUCGGUACAUGAAGCUCUGCGUAAAAUGUUGGAUGGGAAUUUGGACAGGUCACUAGCUUGCUCAGAAUCAAAUUUUUGGUUCAGGUUGCAUCAUCCAGAGGCUGAUGUUCGUCGCCGUACACUUUCUGAAAUAAGGACAUCAGGUCUUCUGGAAGCCAAGGGUACAAAUUCGCAGAGUCUUGUAAUCAUCCAAGAUGGCAUAUUGCGACAGCUUCAGGAUGAUGAUCUUAGCGUUGUCAGAGCGGCUUUGUCGUUAGACAGAUUGUCCAGUUUAAUAAACCCAUCUGAUCUUAUUGAAGUACUGGACAAUCUGCUUAGAAGAUGCAUUGGUCUUUUAACAAGGCCAUUGGAGAACAAUAGCCUAGCAUGUGAUGUUGUUAUUUUGUGCCUAAAGAAUGCUGUUGCUGACAUCCAUGAGAAUGUUGAAUGUUGCAAUAAACUAGCUGCUAUGAUAUUUCCUUUGCUCCUUGUUGUACCUAAGACACAGAGGUUAAAUUUGAAAGCAUUGGAAUUAGCUAAGGCAGUAAAAUGGCCACUGUUUGAGAAUCUUGCUGCUGCAUGCAAUACAGAACAAACAUUACAACCAGGAAGGUUAUCCUCCAUUAACAUGGCCACCAUUACUAGUUUGGCGAGCAGAUUCUUGUUGCACCCUGCAGAAUUUAUGCCUUGGCUUGUUCAGAGUUCUAAUGACUUUGAGUUGUCAAAGACGCACUUCUUUUUGGUGAUGAUGCAGACAAUUCUGAUUGAAAAGGAAUCUGCUGAAUGUUUGGAACUUUUUGAAGUUUUGUUUCCUGCAUUGAAGACGGAAUGGGAAUCAUUUGAGUCUAUGGGUGAUAUCUCUAUAGCAGAGUUCAAAACAGAGAUGCUGAAUUGGGAUUGCAGCAGAUUUCUUGAUAAGCUAGAUUCCAAUUUGAAAGCAAUAAAUGCAAAUAUUCUAAUUUGCAUCUUUUGGAGGUUGAUGGAGGCAUUUCUAUCUGCGAUGCCUGCAGAUGUCUCAUUGGAUGGUGAUGGGAAGUGGGUUAGCUGGCUCAGGGAAUUGUUUGCCUUCUUCUCAGGCUGUCAGUUUAAGAACAUAUUUAAGGAGCACCGUCAUUACGUUGUCACAAAGUGCAAGAUAUCUGCUGUUUCUUUCCUUGCCAAGUUUUUCGCAGAAGAAGACGUUCCUGUUGCAGUCCAGGUCGAGAGUCUUCACUGUUUUUCCUAUCUGUGUCUUCAAUCAGAAGUUAGAUUGCCAAUUCAAUUUCUUGCUGAAUUUCCAUCUCUUCUUGUUCCACUGGCUAGUUGUAACCAGGAGAUAAGAAAUGUUGCCAUGAAUUGUGUUGAGGGUUUACAGACCUUUUCAUCUCAUGUUGACUCUUUGAGCAAGAAAAAUGGAAACCGUGCAAUUCAGAUUAAUCAUCUUGAUAAGCUGCUGGACUUGUUGGUCCAGCAGAAAAGGCUAAUCCUAUCGGACAGGAACUUGCUUCCUUCUCUCUUGGCCUCUUUGCUCAGCCCGUCCUUCCAGAGCUUCUUAGGACCAAAGAAUAUUGAGAUAAGGUUUGAUCAAUCUACAAGAGAAGAGAUUCUUACUUUCAUGUUGAAUUCUGCCAUGAAACUGCCUGAUUAUGCAAGGCUUGCUAUUCUUUCUUUGCUCAGAGGAACAGGCAAUGCCAUUAUACAUCAUAAAGAAGUUGAGUCAUAUUUAUCUCAUCUCUUGGAAAGACGCAGUCGGAGUUUGUCAAAAAUUGAAGUUCAGAUAUUAUGCCUUCUACUGGAGUGCUGUGCAGUGCCUUCUUCAUCAGACGGGCAUGUAUUUGAGGACCAUUUAUUGGAGGCUUUGCAAUUGGAUGGCUUGGCUCCAGAAGACGCUUCCACCAUACAGCCUUGUAUUACUGUCCUGCAAAAGCUUAACAGCCAAAUUUACAGUGGACUGAAGACUGAAGUGCAGGAGCUUUUGUUCCGAAAACUGGUAGCUGUGUUUCAGAAUUCAAAUGGGGACAUACAAAAUGCAACUAGAGCAGCCUUGCAGCGUUUACAUAUUACUUGCUCCACUAUCGUCCACACUCUCGAUCACAUACUCAAAGAUGGAAGUUGUGCAAGUCGUUCAGUGCACGGAACAAAGAAAAUGAAACGUCAGAAGUCCACUUCGUCUAGUGACGUGAUAUGUGACGGAGAAAAUGCACUCUCUUUACUUGGUUCCCUCCUUGGUAUUUUAUUAUUUAAGAAAGACAUAGAGAAGAGGGACUCUCUAUUGGGGCCGUUGUUGAAGCUUCUUUACAAAACCUUUUCCAAUGAGUGGGUACAGGACCACUUUAGCAUUUCUGAUGCCAGGUUGAGCACGGUAAAUUACAUACAACAGACACUGCUGAUAAUCUUAGAAGAUAUCAGUUCUUCACUAAUAAGUUCUAUUCCACUGGAGGACAACAUGGUAAAUGAGAUUAAUGUCAAACAUUUGGUUGAGUGUGCCCAUUCUGCGAAGGAUGGAGUUACUCGCAACCAUGUCUUUUCACUGAUUUCCUCCAUCACAAAGAUCGUUCCAGAAAAAGUUUUGGAGCAUAUGCUGGAUAUCUUUGCUGUUAUUGGAGAGUCAGCAGUCACACAGAUUGAUAGCCAUUCACAGCGUGUGUUUGAGGAUCUUUUAUGUACAGUUGUUCCUUGUUGGCUGUCUGGGGCAGGCAGCAAUGACAAAUUGCUGCAGAUUUUUGUUAAUGUACUGCCUGAAGUUGCUGAAUAUAGAAGGCUCUCAAUUGUUGUGUACCUACUGAGGACUUUGGGAGAGUCAAAUAGCUUGGCUUCAUUACUUGUUCUUCUUUUCCGUUCACUAAUUUCAAGAAAAGGGUCAUCUUGGUUUGAUAAUGUGCAUGCUUCAGAUAGCUCCACAACCUCUUUACAGAGAGAGUGGGAGUAUGCCCUAGCGCUUCAAAUAUGUGAGCAAUAUUCAUGUAUGAUAUGGCUUCCCCCUCUUGUUAUGCUGCUUAAACAAAUGGAAACUGGUCAAGAGGUAUUUAGAGAAUUGUUAAUUGCAAUGCGGUUCACCUUGCAUAAGCUGCAAGAUCCCGAGUUUGCGCUCAAGAUGGCAUCUGGGGAAGAGUCGGACAAAAUUCAGGCUACAUUGGGAGAACUCAUGGAGCAGGUUGUCUCUCUCCAGCAACUGGUAGAUGCAAGAAGGAAGGAUAAAAAUAUCAACGUCAUUAGGAAAGAUUUGAAGGAGUGUAUGCAUGCUGUAAUGAGGGCUAUUACUGGGGUCAUGAACCCUUCGACACUCUUUAAUGGCAUAACUAAGUUGCUUGGCCACAGAGAUCAAAAUGUGGAAAAGAAGGCACUUGGACUCCUAUGUGAAACCAUUAGGAAUCUUGACAUGGUCAAAGCAAAGCUUAAGUUUAAUAAAAGUUGUAGUCUUCAUUGGCAUCAUCUUGAUGAGAUCUCUCUUGGAUCGUUGCGAGUUAUGUGUAUGAAAAUUGUUCAGUUAAUUGAUGAUUCUUCUGAUGAUUUGGAAGUCUCCUUGAAAGUGGCAGCAGCUUUGGCUCUAGAAGUUUUAGCCCACCGGUUCCCUUCUAACUCUUCCAUCUUCAGUGAGUGUCUACCAUCUGUAACAAAAAGUAUUGGUACGCACGAUUUGGCAGUGUCAUCUAGCUGCCUUCAAACAACUGGUGCUUUGAUCAAUGUGCUUGGACCCAAGGCACUCUCUGAGCUUCCUCACAUAAUGGAUAGUUUGAUUAAGAUUUCUCGUGAAGUCCUUGUAUCUUCGGAUACAAAAGCCAUAUCCAGUGGUGAUAGCCGGCCUGUUGUGUUACAAAAACCCCAGGAAUCUCUUAUUCUGUCUAUUCUUGUUACUUUGGAGGCUGUUGUGGUUAAGCUAGGGCAGUUCUUAAGCCCAUAUCUUGAAGAUAUUACAAAAGUUAUGGUGCUCGAUCUUGAUUAUGCAUUAGGAUCUGAUCAGAAGCUGAAAAUGCGAGCUGAUUCAGUACGAAAGCUCAUCACCGAGAACAUCACAGUUCGACUUGCUCUACCGCCCUUGCUAAACAUAUACUCUAGCACAGUUGAGUCUGGGGAUUCCAGUUUAUUAAUUUAUUUUGGAAUGCUGGCCAACAUGAUUGGAAGAAUGGAUAGAACAUCUGUUGGUGGUUACCAUGCUAAGAUUUUUGAACGGUGCUUGAUUGCUCUUGAUCUACGCCGUCAACAUCCGGCUUCUGUUCAAAGAAUUGAUGAUGUAGAGAAAAGUGUAUUCGCUGCUAUGAUUUCUCUCACUAUGAAGCUCACUGAGACGAUGUUUAGACCUCUUUUCAUUAGGAGUAUUGAUUGGGCAAACUCAGAUGUGGAAGAUACUUCUCCUGCAGGAUAUAUACCGAGGGCUAUAUCUUUCUAUGGCCUGGUAAAUAAACUUGCGGAAAACCAUAGGUCUCUUUUUGUUCCUUAUUUCAAAUACUUGCUGGAGAAUUGUGUACAUUAUCUUACUGUCGCUGGAGAUGCAAAGCCUUCUGGUUUAACACGAAAGAAGAAGGCCAAGAUUCAGGAAUCCGAUAACAGCAUGUUCCUUGGAAACUGGCAUCUUAGAGCGCUGGUCUUAUCAUCAUUACAUAAAUGUUUUCUCUAUGAUACGGGAAGCAUGAAGUUUCUUGAUUCUUCCAAUUUUCAGGUUCUACUGAAGCCCAUUGUUUCCCAGCUUGUUAUAGAACCUCCAGUUUCUCUAGAGGAGCAUUCUGACAUUCCGUCUGUGAAAGAAGUUGAUGAAUUAUUGGUUGUUUGUGUUGGUCAAAUGGCUGUGACUGCAGGAAGUGAUCUUCUAUGGAAGCCCUUGAAUUAUGAGGUGCUGAUGCAGACACGCAGUGACAAGGUCCGUGCAAGAAUUUUGGGCCUGAGAAUUAUUAAAUAUCUUGUGGAGCAUCUAAGAGAAGAAUAUCUGGUAUUUGUUCCAGAAACAGUUCCCUUCUUUGCUGAGUUGCUUGAGGAUGUCGAGCCUUCUGUUAAAUCUCUGGCACAAGAAAUCUUCAACGAACUGAGCACCAUGACUGGUGAAGACCUCUCACAGUAUAUCUGAAUGCGAUAUUAUAGACAGCCCCCCACCUGACCGUGUGGCCUAGAGAAAGGAUCUGGCAGCUGAGCGUGUGUAAUGCUUGAUCUCGUUCCUAGGGGAAGUGUACAAGUUUUAGAUUAUUAGAUAGGAAAGAUGUCCACAGUUUUGACCUCGAAUUUCUUGCCUAGAAAAAAAGGUAUAGAGCAGUUGCCUGAGGUGUUUUCACUUUUCAUUGUAUAGAUUUAUAGUGUCAUUUUCAAAUUUUCAACAAAGGGAACUGGUCGCAUGAAACUAAAGAGCAAGACGGACGUAUGAAUCAAAAAUCUGAUAUCCACUGAUCUAAUAGAUGAAUUAUUUCUUUCA